UAUGGGUGUGUAUAUUGAUAUAUACAUGGAUUGAUUGAAGUAAGUGGGUGUGUAUAUAAUAUAUAUAUAUUGAUGUAUAUAUGUUUGUAUAUAUACAUGUAGAUAUAUAGUUGUCGCUGUAACCGAAUCGCAGGUGUCAAAGGUAAUUAUAACCCCACCACCAAUCCCACCACCCCCAUGGCAGUGUUCUUCGAUCACUGUAUUUCUGCUGAUUUGGCUGGUGUCUACACCCACACGACAUGGCACCCGAUUGAGCGUCUACUGGCUAUUGGUGUCCUCUUUGAUGAUGACAGCGGGGCUGGCGUCUACAUAUUCAAUGAAACGGGAGAUUCUGUUGGUGUUGAACCCCUGAAACAAGCUCUGCUGUGAGCGUUAUGCAGUGGCACCCAACCAAAUUGGUGCUGUGCGUCGCCUGGAAGGAUGGCGCCAUCACAUUGUGGAGGCUGGACGCAAAGGAGAUGAGCCACAUGGAGCAAGUUCAUAGCACAGCGGUGACCUCACUCUGUUGGAGUUCAUUCGGGGCCAGGAUUGUGUCUGGAGAUGAGUCUGGUACCUUACUUAUAUGGAAGGUUGAUUCAAAGGGUCGCGCCAUGUCCAAACCAGUGUCGCAACAUAAUCUCCCAGAACCCAUACAACAGAUUAUCCUCCAGCCUCUUGUUAAUCCAGAGUCAUACACAGAGGUUCGCAACCUGGUCCGAGCAGCUGUAAAAGGGGACCAGAAGGCUCUGGACAUGUUUGAUCUGAAAGGGAGACAGUCGGACACCAAGUAUUCAUCCAUCUUUGGCAUGUCUGAAUCAUUCAACUUCUUUUGUGGUGGAGCAACAGGUGGCGUCUACCACAUCCUUGAGAACGGAACCUGCACCACCCUUUUCUCUGUCAGUUCCCGAAUCCUCAAUCUGUUCUAUUACACUGAGCAGAACAUCUUGGUGACCCUCACUCAUAAUUUAAUGUUGAGCCAACACAAGGUGGACAGUCAAGCCCAAAAGGCCGAAGAGCUGAUGAAGGUGAAGCUGAACGGCAAAUCUGAGAACCCUUGCAUUGUCUGGGCAGGGAAAGGCAUGCUAGCCAUGGCAUCAGGUGAAUCUGUGAUCAGGAUGUUUGAUCUAGAUAAAGAAGAGAAUGAUCAACUGUCACUUGAGAAUCACCAGAGUUACGUUUCCAAUGAACAGAUACUGAGUGUGGAUUUUUGCCCCAGGAGGGGCAUGCUUGCUGGAGGGACCCAGAUGGGGAAUGUAGCCAUGUGGUCCCAUGUCCCCUCGGCUAAGUCAACAACCAAGAAGGUUCGAGAGAUGAAGUGGAAACUGCACAGUCCCAAUGUGGUAGGGGCACCCGUUCGGAUGCUCACGUGGUGCCAGUCAAAGAACUUACUGUGUGUCAACACUUGGCGGUCCGUCCUCAUUCUACGAGAAAGCAGCAUGUGUUACCAUUUGAAUCAUCAGAUUGCCGUGAUUCAGACCAGCCCCACUACACUGUCCAUUGAUGCUAUUGAGGCUGGGCAACAGAGGAUUUUUGAGUGCCAUGUCCAGGUGAAGGGGGUUUAUACUACAAAGGGAAACUUUGUGGUAUGGAAUGGCAAGCAGGCACAUGUUUAUGAAUUAUCUGCAGACAACUUGGAAGUAAAGGUUUUGGCUACUUUUGAAACGGAUUCCGUCAACAUUUGCAUCUUUGAACAAAGCCUGUUGCUCCUGGAGCAGGGAACUGUGAAGGUUCGCACUUUCCAGGGCACAGUUAAGCAGUUCCUGGAUUUCUCAGAAGGCGAGGGUCAGCCAGUCUGCAUGGACAUCAGUGAGAACUUCUUGGUCAUAGCUACUGACCAUGGAAUCCUUAAGCUCUUUGACCUUUCAAGACGGAAAAUCCGACCACAUUCAGUACCGAAGCCGAUGAGCGAAUUCAUCCCUGAUUUAGGCAGGAUUGUGUCAGUGAAGUCAAACUGCACCGGGAACAGAAUUAGUCUCCUUUGCAUGAAGACUAACGAGCGACCUGACACCAACCUGUACGUUUGGGACGUGGAGCUGGAUGAAGUGUUGACCUUCAGCUUUGACUCCUCGUCCGAGAUGAGCAAUGAUGGCAGCGGUGACCACAUUGGUGUUGCGAAGAAGGACGACAGUAAGUCACAUGGUGCAGGCGAUGUGACACCAGAUGGCAGCAAUAACCAAGUUAAGGUUGUUGCUGCCUCUAAGGGCAUGACAGGGAGAUACCCUGUUUCGCACUUCUGGGAUGCAAAGGUGCCCCACCUGUUGAGCUGUGAGGCGAGACUGAUCACGGAAGACCCCAACAAUAAGAUGCCCACCACCGGUGAAACUGAAGCAGGGGAAGAGGAGGAGGAGACAGAAGGAGUAAACAAUGAAAUGGUCCUCAUCGUAUCACUGUUCGCGACAGACAGGGGCCUACUGUUACAAGAAACAAACCCCUUAAAUGACCCUGACAAAUUCCUGAUCGGACUUAAUGUCCCCUAUUUCUAUAUCCUGCAGGACUCUGAGGAGAAAAACUGGCGCGAGACCCCUACACCUACAUCCCCACCGCUGUCGGAAGCCAUGCAGAAGGACGACUCCCAGGGGUCACUCAACUACAUCCAACACCACAAACAUGAAGACCAGCAACAGCCCACCAUCAUAGUGGCUCGCAGGACAAUGCGGGACUUUGUGGGUUUGGAGACAUGCGACAAAGGAACGCAGUCAGCCAUGCUGGAGUUCUGUUUCCACCAGGCUAUUGGCAAUAUGGACGAGGCUUUCAAGGCGAUCAAACUAAUUAAAAAUGAGUCAGUGUGGGAGAACAUGGCCAAGAUGUGCGUAAAAACCCAACAACUGGACGUUGCCAAAAUCUGUCUGGGCAAGAUGUGUCAUGCGCAGGGCGUGAGGGCACUGAGAAAAAUGGCACGUGAGCCAGAGGUUGAGGUGCAGUUGGCUGUUUUAGCAAUGCACCUGAACAUGGUGGACGAGGCCGAGAAGUUCCUGAAGAACUGCAAAAGGUACGACCUGUUGAAUGAGUUCUACCAGGACUGUGGUCAAUGGGAUAAGGCCCUGGAGACUGCAGAGUUGUACGACCGAAUUCAUCUCAAGUGCACUUAUCAUUGUUACGCUCAGCAUUUACAAUCAGAGGGCAACAGGCUUGAAGCUAUAAACAACUACAAGAAGGCCGGGACCCACAUGUAUGAGGCACCCAAAAUGUUGUACCCGAAACCACAAGAUCUGUUGGACUUUAUACAGAAGAGCAAGGACAAGACCUUGUACAAGUGGUAUGCCCAAUACAUGGAGAGUAUUGAGGAACUUGCUGAAGCCGUGAAGUAUUAUGAUAUAGCGCAGGACUAUCUCUCAUUGGUUCGUGUCUACUGUUUCCAGUCAGACAUGGAAAAGGCAUCAACCAUCUGUAACGAGACCGGUGACAGGGCUGCCUGUUAUCACGUGGCUCGGCAGUAUGAGAUCCAAGGAGAUUAUCAGAAUGCCGUCAACUUUUUCACAAGAUCAGAGACUUAUGGCAAUGCCAUCCGACUUUGUAAGGAGAAUGGUAUGGAGAACCAAAUUCUGAACUUGGCCCUCCUGGGGUCACCUGAGGACAUGGUAGAGGCAGCCAGGUAUUUUGAACACAAAUUGGGUAUGGAAGGUAAUGCUGUGAUGUUAUACCACAAGGCUGGCCGUUUAUCUAAGGCCCUGGAGCUAUCCUUCAGCAGUAAACAGUUUGGGGCAUUGCAGGCAAUGACUUUGGAACUGGAUGACCGGGCUGACCCUGAGGUCCUGGAGAGGUGUGCUGACUUUUUUAUGGAAAAUGCACAGUACGACAAGGCUGUGGAGCUAUUGGCAAUGGCAAAGAAGUACUGGGAAGCUAUACAGCUUCUGAUGGAGAAGAGUAUCACAGUGACCCCAGAACUGGCCGAGAAGUUGAGCCCACCAAAGAAUACAUCCGGUGGCCCAGACAGUAGUGAGAGACUGAAGAUUCUGGAAGGAAUCGGAAAGAUCUGCAUGCUUCAAGGGCAGUACCACCUGGCUACAAAGAAAUACACACAGUCCGGCAAUAGAGUGAAGGCCAUGAAGUGUCUACUAAAGUCUGGUGACACAGAGAAGAUCUCGUUCUUCGCUAACGUUUCCCGACAGAGGGAGAUCUACGUAAUGGCUGCCAACUACCUCCAGUCCCUCGACUGGCGCAACAACACCGACAUCAUGAAGAACAUCGUCAACUUCUACAUGAAGGCCAAGGCCCUCGACUCCCUCGCUGCAUUCUACGAUGUCUGUGCACAGGCGGAGAUCGAUGAGUACCAGAACUACGAGAAAUCGCUGGGUGCGCUGGGCGAGGCGUGCAAGUGUCUGCAGAAGUCCCUGGACAGCGACGCCGACGCCAACAGCGGCAGCAACGACGACAACACCGACAACAAGAUGCACAUUGAGUACAGGCUGGACGAACUGAAACAGAAAGUGGUCUUGAUCAAGAAGUUCGUCAACGCACGCAAAAUCUACAGCAAUAAUCCAGAUGAUGCGGUGAAGCUGUGCCUAGCGCUCCUGGAGGAACCCAACCUGGAGAAAUCGGUCAGAGUCGGAGAUGUCUACGCCUUUCUCAUCGAGCAUUAUGCGUGUCAGGAGAGGUGGAGAAUGGCCUAUGACCACAUUGAGGAACUGAAAAAGAAAUUCCCAAAGAUGAACGUCACCUAUUUUGUAAGUCCAAAGACGGUGGAGCAGAUCUAUCAACACCUUGACAUUCCGUUACCAAAAGAACUGACCAGUGCCAACAACACCGACAGCAGAAAGAAGACCAGUAGUCACCUCUCUGAGUCACCCUGUGAAGACGACACUGAGUUUGUGGAGGAAGAGAUCGCAGAAGUUUACUGAUCUUUCUCACCGAUCCUUGACUUUGAACAUUACUCUCAUUUUUCACAUUUUCGGCCCCUGUCCUAGCUUACAUCUCAAAACCUACAUGAGUCUUCGUUUCUUAACCCUUACCUUGACCUACUACUUGAAUCUCAUUUAAAUUGACUUAAACUCAAUAAAAGGUUCCAAGUGAAAGUUAGGUUCAACUUUACCAUAGCUUUAAACAUAAACUAAACUUUGAAUCUCAA